AUGAGAAGAGUGAAUAGCACAGUCGGCAUGUCUGGAGAAAUAGAGCAAGUUGUAACCAAGCUACUGAGAACGACAAAAGCUUUACUGGAAGCUCUGACUCAAUGGUCUCUUAUGCGUGCCUCAAACAGCGAGAUAUUCGACAUCCAUGACACAUUGGAGAAGCAGUUCUUCCUCGUUUCGCAAGCAUUUGAAGAAGCAAGCGUAUCCAUGAGUGAUUUGCAAUGGAUUCCUCGACAACUGCGUGAUUCAGUUUCAGUUGCCAUGUUGGAGCCUCCUUCACCCGCUGGAUUGGAUCAGUAUCUGCCUCGUAUUCGUGAAGUAAUCGUUCAUUUGUUGCAUGGUCUCAAGGGCAAACAAGCUCUGCUGAGAGAGAGGGAAAGAGAGAGAGAAUCACGUGGGUCUAUUCGAUCCAACAAUACGGAUUCUUGGAACAGAGAAGUACCAUUAGCAGCUUUAAACAGAGGAAGUAGUUCACAACGGAUCAUGAUGCACCCACAGCCACCUUCGUCGCCUCCUUUACCACCUCAUCCUCCUAUUUCACCUCGAAUGGCUCCUUCUGGAGAAUAUGAGCCAUGGUCAGGUGGCAUGCCACGCCCAUCUAUGCCUACCAAUGACCUCUCAUCUCGCAUUAUGCCACGUAACAGCUCAUCAGCCCAUAGAUCCUACUCGCCAUCCAAUUCACCCAACAUGCAAAAGCAGCCCUUACCACUGCCUACUCGUUCCACAUCUUCCAAUCGCAGUAAUCCUGCUCAACAGAUGCCAUCUCCUCCUCCACCUCCACCACCUCCUAUUAUGCCUGCUGCUGCUCCUACUCCUCUUGCAAGACAAGACACACAAUCAUUUGACGAAAGCGAUCCCAAUACAGCUAGUGCAUUGGCUGCACUGAAGCGACAGGAGAAUUUAGCUCGUAGGUCGUCAGUACGUCGUGCCUCCAUGUUUAGAGCAGGUGGUGAGUAUAGUGGUGGCAGUAUAUCCAGAGGUAAAGGACAGCAAAUGUUUCAACCUGCUUAUGAAAGUAGUAAUGUACCUCCUGUACCUUCUUUGCCUACGCACAACCAUUUACCCCUGAAAAAUGUGGACUACACAGUGGCAACACCCACAACAGCACCCACACCCACAUCUCACAGCUUGAAUACAGUAUCCGAAGCCAAGGAAGAGGAUAACAACAAGGAUGAUGGAGUGUUGACAUUGUUUCUGCAGAUUGGCAAGGAAGUUCAAAAGGUUCAAUACACUGGCGAAAUCAGCAUUCCUGCUUUGAACAUGUUGUUUUUGGAGAAAUUCAGUUAUUCGGUUGGACAGAAUGAUUUUCCCAAAAUAUACGUUCGAGAUCCUGUUGUAGAUGUGUCCUAUGAGCUUGUGGAUCUGUCAGAAGUGCGCGAUAAAUCCAUACUGUCUUUCAAUAUCAAUGACAAAGAAGAUCAAAAGGAAUCUCAAAAGGAAUGGCUGUCAGAAGUGACAACUGCAUUCAACAAGGAGCUGAGCGAAACCCGUCGCAUGUUUACAGAGCAGAUGGAUGAGAUCAAAAAACAAAUUGUGGAAUCCAAUAUCAGAAAUCAGGAAGCAGACGAGGAAAAGGAGCGCCAAUUGAUCCAGCAAGUGACAACACAUAUCUUGAGCCAACACCAGCCAUUGAAACCUCCGCCAGCAGCAGCAGCAGCAGCAACAGCAGAAGAAGAACCAGAGGAUGAACCCAAGGAGGAGAAAGAAACGACACUAGUGCAAGAGGCUCCCGCUACUCCAGCUGUUGAAAAUGCAGGUCCCAUUAUAUCCAAGGAGCAGUUUGAAGCCCAACGUAAAGAGAUCGAGACAUUACGUCGAGAUGUUGCAGUACUCCGUCAAUUGGAAAGAGAACUUCGUGAAGGUACAGCUUCUGUCGUUUCAGAGAUUAAGGAAAAAGCAGAAAAAGUCAAGGAAGAAGCCAUCAAAAAGGCAGAUGCCGAGCUCAACCAGACCUCCACUGCUCGCUCACACUUGGAGGAGGGUAAAAAGAACUUAUUGGACAAAUCAGACAAGGUGACAAGCCGCUUAGAGGACCUCCAAGAUACCAUUGAUCAACUCAAGUUGGAUGUCACUCAACGCAAAUGCCGUCCCUCUGAAGCGCAAAUGACACAUUGCGCUAACGAACGUAAAGCGCUCGCCGAGGAGAUCGAAGAGUUUGGCAAAUACAUUGCUCAAGUGAAGCCACGAUGGAAAAAGACCUGGGAAUUGGAGCUGCAGACCAUUGUCAAGGAACAACAAACGCUCAAAGAUCAGGAGUAUUUGUUGUCAGAUAUGAAGGAUGAUUUGGACGCUUUGUUGGAGGUGUUUGAACAGCUGGAGAAGAUUUACGCUUAUCAAGCCAAUACAAAACCUCAACCCCGUGAAUUCCGAGUAGCACCCGCAGAGGAAGGAUUUGAAGGCAUGUCCAGCGUGUUUAAGCAAGUGUCAACCAUUGAUGUGGAUCAUACCCGUCGCUUACGUGCCUUGGAACAGGCUGAAAAGAUGAGACAGAGAGAAUUGGCCAAUCGCAUUGAUGAUUUUGAAAAGGAAUUGGUUGGUUUUGUUGAUUCCAAAAAGUUGAAAAAGACGGGUGGAGCCAUGGAGAUUGAUCGAUUGCGUAAACAAAAGGAUGAAGAGAUGAUGAAGGCCAUGUAUGCUGAAAAGAGAGCCGCUGCUGGAAGUGGUGCUUCUACACCCUCCGUCUCCACCGUGCCUGAAGAGAAUGUAGAGCAAGAACAAACAGAUGAAACGGCUGCAGCUGCUGCUGCAACAACAGAAGAUUAA